CCCUCUCGCGGCUCCCGGGCCGGCCGCCGCCGCCCCACUCCCCGCCCCGCGGCGCCCCGGGGGCACCAUGCAGGCGCAGCAGCUGCCCUACGAGUUUUUCAGCGAGGAGAAUGCACCCAAGUGGCGGGGGCUGCUGGUGCCGGCGCUGAAAAAGGUUCAGGGGCAAGUUCAUCCUACUCUUGAGUCUAAUGAUGAUGCUCUUCAGUAUGUUGAAGAAUUAAUUUUGCAGUUAUUAAAUAUGCUCUGCCAAGCUCAGCCCCGGAGUGCUUCAGAUGUAGAGGAACGUGUUCAAAAAAGUUUCCCUCAUCCAAUUGAUAAGUGGGCAAUAGCUGAUGCCCAAUCGGCUAUUGAAAAGAGGAAGAGAAGAAACCCUUUAUCUCUCCCAGUAGAAAAAAUUCAUCCUUUAUUAAAGGAGGUCCUAGGUUAUAAAAUCGACCACCAGGUUUCUGUUUACAUAGUAGCAGUAUUAGAAUAUAUUUCUGCUGAUAUUUUAAAGCUGGUGGGGAAUUAUGUAAGAAAUAUACGGCAUUAUGAAAUUACGAAACAAGAUAUUAAAGUGGCAAUGUGUGCUGAUAAGGUAUUGAUGGAUAUGUUUCAUCAAGAUGUAGAAGAUAUAAAUAUAUUAUCUUUAACUGAUGAAGAGCCUUCCACCUCAGGAGAACAAACUUACUAUGAUUUGGUAAAAGCAUUUAUGGCAGAAAUUCGACAAUAUAUAAGAGAACUAAACCUAAUUAUAAAAGUUUUUAGAGAGCCCUUUGUCUCUAAUUCCAAAUUGUUUUCAUCUUAUGAUGUAGAAAACAUAUUUAGUCGUAUAGUGGAUAUACAUGAACUUAGUAUAAAGUUACUGGGCCAUAUAGAAGACACUGUAGAAAUGACAGAUGAAGGCAGUCCCCAUCCAUUAGUAGGAAGCUGUUUUGAAGACUUAGCAGAGGAACUGGCAUUUGACCCAUAUGAAUCAUAUGCUCGAGAUAUUUUACGACCAGGAUUUCAUGACCGUUUCCUUAGUCAGUUAUCAAAGCCUGGGGCAGCACUUUAUUUGCAGUCAAUAGGGGAAGGUUUCAAAGAAGCUGUUCAGUAUGUUUUACCCCGGCUGCUUCUUGCCCCUGUGUACCACUGUCUGCAUUACUUUGAACUCCUGAAGCAGUUAGAAGAAAAGAGUGAAGAUCAAGAAGACAAGGAAUGUUUGAAACAAGCAAUAACAGCUUUGCUCAAUGUUCAAAGUGGUAUGGAAAAAAUAUGUUCUAAAAGCCUUGCAAAACGAAGACUGAGUGAAUCUGCAUGUCGGUUUUAUAGCCAACAAAUGAAGGGGAAACAACUAGCGAUCAAGAAAAUGAACGAGAUUCAGAAGAAUAUUGAUGGUUGGGAAGGGAAAGACAUUGGACAGUGUUGCAAUGAAUUUAUAAUGGAAGGAACUCUUACACGUGUAGGAGCCAAACAUGAGAGACACAUAUUUCUCUUUGAUGGCUUAAUGAUCUGCUGUAAAUCAAAUCAUGGACAGCCAAGACUACCUGGUGCUAGCAAUGCAGAAUAUCGUCUGAAAGAAAAGUUUUUUAUGCGAAAGGUACAAAUUAAUGAUAAAGAUGACACCAGUGAAUACAAGCAUGCUUUUGAAAUAAUUCUGAAAGAUGAAAAUAGUGUUAUAUUUUCUGCCAAGUCAGCUGAAGAGAAAAACAACUGGAUGGCAGCAUUGAUAUCUUUACAGUACCGGAGUACACUGGAAAGAAUGCUUGAUGUAACAAUGCUACAGGAAGAGAAGGAGGAGCAGAUGAGGCUGCCUAGUGCUGAUGUAUAUAGGUUUGCAGAACCUGACUCUGAGGAGAAUAUUAUAUUUGAAGAGAACAUGCAGCCCAAGGCUGGAAUUCCAAUCAUCAAAGCAGGAACUGUUGUUAAACUUAUAGAGAGACUUACAUACCAUAUGUAUGCAGAUCCCAAUUUUGUUCGGACAUUUCUUACAACAUACAGAUCCUUUUGUAAACCUCAAGAAAUUCAGUUUUUGAUGCUUGAAAAAUUUGAAAUACCAGAGCCUGAGCCAACAGAAGCUGAUCGCAUAGCUAUAGAGAAUGGAGAUCAGCCCCUAAGUGCAGAACUGAAAAGGUUUAGAAAAGAAUAUAUACAGCCUGUACAACUGAGAGUGUUAAAUGUAUGCCGGCACUGGGUGGAGCACCACUUUUAUGAUUUUGAAAGAGAUGCAGAUCUUUUACAAAGAAUGGAAGAAUUUAUUGGAACAGUAAGAGGUAAAGCAAUGAAAAAAUGGGUUGAAUCCAUCACUAAGAUAAUCCAAAGGAAAAAAAUUGCAAGAGACAAUGGACCAGGUCAUAAUAUUACAUUUCAAAGUUCACCUCCCACAGUUGAGUGGCACAUAAGCAGACCUGGGCAUAUAGAGACUUUUGACUUGCUCACCUUACACCCAAUAGAAAUUGCUCGACAGCUUACUUUACUUGAAUCUGAUCUAUACCGAGCUGUGCAGCCAUCAGAAUUAGUUGGAAGUGUGUGGACAAAAGAAGACAAAGAAAUUAAUUCUCCCAAUCUUCUGAAAAUGAUACGACACACCACCAAUCUUACUCUGUGGUUUGAAAAAUGUAUUGUAGAAACUGAAAAUUUAGAAGAAAGAGUAGCUGUGGUGAGUCGAAUAAUUGAGAUUCUACAAGUCUUUCAAGAGUUGAACAAUUUCAAUGGUGUCCUUGAAGUUGUCAGUGCUAUGAACUCAUCACCUGUUUACAGGCUAGACCACACAUUUGAGCAAAUACCAAGUAGACAAAAGAAAAUUUUAGAAGAAGCUCAUGAAUUGAGUGAAGAUCACUAUAAGAAAUAUUUGGCAAAACUCAGGUCUAUUAAUCCACCGUGUGUGCCUUUCUUUGGAAUUUAUCUCACUAAUAUCUUGAAAACAGAAGAAGGCAACCCUGAAGUCCUAAAAAGACAUGGAAAAGAACUUAUCAACUUUAGCAAAAGAAGGAAAGUGGCAGAAAUAACAGGAGAGAUCCAGCAGUACCAAAAUCAGCCUUACUGUUUACGAGUAGAAUCAGACAUCAAAAGGUUCUUUGAAAACUUGAAUCCAAUGGGAAAUAGCAUGGAGAAAGAAUUUACAGACUACCUUUUCAACAAAUCCCUAGAAAUAGAACCACGAAACCCUAAGCCUCUCCCAAGAUUUCCAAAAAAAUACAGCUAUCCCCUAAAAUCUCCUGGUGUUCGUCCAUCGAACCCAAGACCAGGAACUAUGAGGCACCCCACACCUCUGCAGCAGGAGCCAAGAAAAAUCAGUUAUAGUCGGAUCCCUGAAAGUGAAACAGAAAGUACAGCAUCCGCACCAAAUUCUCCGAGAACACCGCUGACACCUCCUCCUGCUUCUGGUGCUUCCAGUACCACAGAUGUUUGCAGUGUGUUUGAUUCCGACCAUUCAACAAGCCCUUUUCACUCAAGCAGCGAUACCGUCUUUAUCCAAGUUACACUGCCCCAUGGUCCAAGAUCUGCUUCAGUAUCAUCUAUAAGUUUGACCAAAGGCACUGAUGAAGUGCCUGUCCCCCCUCCUGUUCCUCCUCGAAGACGACCAGAAUCUGCCCCAGUGGAAUCUUCGCCAUCUAAGAUUAUGCCUAAGCACUUGGACAGUCCCCCAGCUAUUCCUCCCAGGCAACCCACAUCAAAAGCCUAUUCACCACGAUAUUCAGUAUCAGACCGGACCUCUAUAUCAGACCCUCCUGAAAGCCCUCCCUUGUUGCCACCACGAGAACCUGUGAGGACACCUGAUGUUUUCUCAAGCUCACCACUACAUCUCCAACCUCCCCCUUUGGGCAAAAAGAGUGACCAUGGCAAUGCCUUCUUCCCAAACAGCCCUUCCCCCUUUACACCACCACCUCCUCAAACCCCUUCUCCUCAUGGCACAAGAAGGCACCUGCCAUCACCACCACUGACACAAGAAGUGGACCUCCAUUCCAUUGCUGGGCCACCUGUUCCUCCACGACAAAGCACUUCUCAGCAUAUCCCUAAACUCCCUCCAAAAACUUACAAAAGGGAGCACACGCAUCCAUCCAUGCACAGAGAUGGACCACCACUGUUGGAGAAUGCCCACUCUUCCUGAGUUCCUCUAUACUGGGAUGUACAGUUUCUUAGCCCCGAAUCCAUUGCUGGCAAUGGAUGCACUGAACAUGCCAGCACUGAGGAGUUAAAAUGAGAACUCCGAACACUAAUGACUCUACUUCAAGAUGUAGUAUAAGACAAUGAAUUUUAACCUACACAUAAUUACAAAAUGAAAUGAGUAUUCCAAUUUAGAAUAUGGAAAGACUGAGCUAGAGGAAUUGGACAACUGACCUGAAAAUCACAUGAAGGGACUUUUCUGGCCAAUAGGCAAGAGUCUUCAUUUUGUGAAGUGAUCUUUAUCAUUAAAGGGAUGGAAAACAGUCUGAUGUCUAGCAGGCCCACAUGAUGACAGUUUUUUAAUUAAAGAUGUUAAUGCACUUUUUAAGAAUCUUAAACAGGGAUCUUACUAUCCUCCUUUGUUUUCCUUUGCUUUACUCUUCUACUUUAGAAUAUUUUCGUAAAAAUCAUUCAAAGGACUGUGAGGAAAGGCUGUGGUACCUGACCUUGUUGAAAUCAAGGCCCAGCACUGUAUUACAGUCCUGUUUACAGAUUAUUACAAUGAAUUGAAUGGGUACCGAGGCUUCACCAAAGAGGUACUUUUUUGUUGUUGUUAUUGUUUUAAGAUAAUUAUACCAAUUUAAAGAACAUUGCCUGCCCCCCCCAACACAAAUAAAUUGUGGUGGUGUUGCCUUCAAGAAGUUUUGUGUCAUUAAUAUGACAGAAGAAUUGCUUAAAAAUGCAAUCGUCAAGUAUACUAUUUACAUUUAGGAGACUGUUAAUCUAAGCUAGAUUGUCCUUUUUUCUCCCUUGUCCCACAAAGGUUUACUGGUAAUAUGUGUCCUGGCUUGUAGCUGUCCCUCUAACCGUACCAUGGAAAUGCAGGCAUCCAAUGUGAAAAGGAGCACUUGCUGGGCUCACUGACACCAUCUAUGUUUUACUAAUAGUCCAAUAGUCAACAUACCUAGAAUUCCUUGCAAUGCCUAAAUCAUGUGUAUAUAGUGAAUGUUAUAUAAUAUACCUGGCAGGUCUGUUUCUAUUUAAUUGAAUAAAGAUACAAAUACUUUGUUUGGCUGGCAUAUAUUAAAUUAUUAUGUGGCAAAAAUGGUUGAUCUUAUUUCUUUCUGUUGAAAAACAUACAAACACUAAGCAUAAAAGCACAUGUUGUGGUACGGCUUGGCUUCUAGUUCUGGAUAUAUGUUACAGAAUGAUCUAAAGUUAGAGUUUGGCAUGUGGGAAGAUAUUGGAUAAAAAUAGGAUGGGUGUCCUUUAAGCAGAACCUUGUAGGUUUUUAAAUUUCCUAAGCAACAUGUAUACAGUUCGUUAAGGUUUUAUGGAACAUUCUGCCUUGCUUAAGGCCCUUCUGCUCUAUCAGAGGAACUCCUUGUAACCCAUCUACCUGCAUCAUUGGUAUCAUAUGAUUAUUCAUUAAGCCUAUGUACUGUGACUGAAAUGCAUGCAACUCGUUGAAGAGAAAAAGUUUUAUUAAUCUCCACUAUGUGAAUUGUGCAGUAUUCCAUCCUUAAAGAGUCAUCAAUUCAUCAGUAUCUGCAUGUGUCCUCUGAAUAAUGAAGCAACAUUUCAGUAAUUCUGUUAACUAUGUUGUGAGAGACAUUUUUAGAAGUGCUACAUCAUGAUGGAAACCUAGAUGUUAAUAAUUUCCUGUGAUAUUUAUUAGAGCAUUAAAUGUACACCACAAUAGUACAGUAUAUAGUCCUUUAAGACCAGAAAACACAUUAACUGCACCAUCAUUAAGCAGUCCAUCCUGUCAUCUCCUUAUUUAUUUGUUAAGGGUUGAACCUUUUUUGUUUAAUAUCUAUACCAUUCCUAUGAUAGCCAUUCUUCUCUUGGUAAAAUGUUUCCUCUUUUAAAAGUGUCCUCAAAAGUUCAUUUCAAAUCCCCUCUUGGAUGUGGUGUCCAUAAGACCAUUCAUUCAACAAAUAUUUAAGCGGACUUUACUAGUGCUGCUACAUACAGUUAAUUAUGGUACACAUUCCAGAAUCUCCCAUGACUUUUAAUUGGGCCAGCCUAACUGUCCCUAGGAUUUCCCUUUUUAUGGCUUAUUGCUCACCUUUUUAUCAUCCCAUCCCUAUUUCAACUGAGAACCCAAGAAAAGCCACAUUGGAGCCCAUUCCAUUCAUACUCUGGCAAGUAUGUUCCUACUUCAACUGAGAACCCAAGAAAAGCCACAUUGGAGCCCAUUCCAUUCAGUAUCUCUGGCAAGUAUGUUCAUUCAACAAGUGACCCCAUUCUAUCUUGCCUGAGCCUACAAGGAAGGGAACACUCAGAUUUGGAGUUCUGAUCAUACUUCUCCCAAAAGGAACCAUUUUUUUAUCCCGUGGUUCUAGGAGACCACUUCACUGUGCAGCCAUUUUAUAUGCAUUGUGGAUAGAGGAUAUUUUUAUUCUCAAGUGUAACAUUUGGGUAAAAAUAUUUUCUGUAGUGGUAAGUGAUUUUAAAAAUUCCAAUUGGAUGUCCUUAGGUGGAAGCAAGAAAACUAUAUCCUUCUUCUCAUGUGAAACAUUAGCUGACAAAUUUUCUUAGUCAUAACUAAAAUAUACUUAAUCAGGGACAAAAAGUGGCAGAAGAUACAUGCAUUGUUACAAAACUCUGCAUUUGAAUCCAGGACAUUAUAAAGCUGUCAGUGCAUCAAAAUUUGGCUAACUACAUUCCAAAAUGUGGAACAUUUCUUUGAAAAGUGGAAAUAUUUGAGAAUGAUCAAUUAGCCUUGGGUCACAAAGUAAAGGGAAUUUUUCAAAACUGAAUUUACUUAUUGGGCUCUUAACCAGUAAAAUAGAAAUGCUUUUCACAUAUAAGCACUUUUUAAAGUAGGAAUAAAUCAGUACAUGUUUCCAAUUUUAUUAAAAAGACAGGUUAUUUACUCUUCUUAGUCCUUUAAAUGUAUUUUAAGACUACAAAUGACAAAUACUGAAAGUCUGCUUAAUUUAAAUUUUUUUUGCUUAAGUGAGGGUUAUUAGGCAUCAAAUUCUGAGCUUAGUCAUCUCUGACUCGGGAUGUUUCAAUGGAUCUGAGUGGAGCAAAGAGUCUGCCACAUGACACAAUCAGCAAAAAGUCUACUAAAGUACUAUUUCAGUUUGAGGCUGUACUAUGGGUCUAAAUUCUUCCUUCAGGAUUUUUUCAUAAACAGAAUUACUUUAUAAAAACCAGAAAGUGGUAUUUAUUAUCAUGAUUUUAUGAUUAAGUUUAGCUCACUUAAGAGUUGUUUCAUUAUCUUAAUAGGUGUCCUAAAUUCAGGGUAUUUAGUGGCUCAACAAAGCAAAUGGGGAGUUGUCCCAACUAGUGUACAUACAGAACACCUUUGCUUCCCUCAGAUUUGGAAGCAAUGGAACCAUUUCUUUCUUGAGAUUUUGCUGCUGUGGAUAGGUUUACAUGUUAUUUUGACCUAUAUUAUGUGACUUGCACAAAUGUAGGUCCUGUUGUAUUGCACAUUAAUCUUUAUCAGUAAGUACAUAUCACAAGGUUACGGUCAGUUUGGCUGAAAGAGAAUUAUGUGGUAAAAUUAUAAGGGAAAGUGACUAUUCAGUGUUUUACUUUCAUUUGAAAUAGUACUAACUUUUAAAAUAAUGUCAUAGUCCCUUAUACAAGAAACUGAAAUAUUUUGAGUUCUAAUUUAGAAAAGAAUGAAGUCUACAUGAUAAAUCUAAACAGCAAAAGCACUUGUAACUUCUUUUAUAAGUUUCAUGCCUUAUUUCCCAUUUUUGAUACCAUAAAGUGCAUUUUCUGUCAACUGUGAGCAAAUUUCCCUUUUGCCUUUAAUGACAAUAGUGCAUUAAGUAGCCAGUUGCUGUAAAAUUAUAAAGCAAGUUAGCUAAAGGUGGGUCACAUUGAACAACCACUCAGUGAAUCAAGAUGCAUAGAAAAUGGAAGUUACCAUGUGGUGUGGCUUAGAGUGUGCACCUGUGCCAGAUGCAUGCCACUUUCAGUAGCUGCCAGAUGUGCCUUUUACUAAGAACAUCUCUGAUUUUUUUCUUCAGAUCAAGUCAGCAUUUGGGGGUGGGAUUAGGGCAAGGGAUUUGGGGGCACAAAAGCUGGUGAAACCACCAGAGAAUUUGUUUGUCAAAGUGACAUGUAUAAUUUUAGUUGAUGUGUCUGUGUAUAUAUGUGUAUUUGCCUUUGUUUAGUAGCACGAUUAUUUGCUAAAAUAAUUGUCAGAAAAAAUGCUCUGUCAGUCUUACUUUGAUGUAAGAACAAAGUGUGGUCUAUACAUCUAAUACAGCCUUUGUACCUAACCAUGUUCAUAGGUAAUCUUUGUACUCUGUGUGCAGCAGUAUUUUGUUUGAGUUCAAAGUGAAAAUAAUAGCUGUUAUUUUUCUGGCAUUACUAAGAUAAACCGAAAAAUAAUAAAGAAAAAUGCCUUA